AGACGAUCGAACGCGCUUCGACUAUCAGGAUCAUCCGCGCUGCAGGCAUGGACAUUUUCAUCCAAUUGCUUCUGUCAAUAUUAUACCUCGGAUCUGUUACUGUCAAAGCUAGACCUCAAGAUAAGGGGCUUCAGUCUUUCGAGGAGCACAACCGCAAUAUGCCCAGAUAUACAAAGAAGUGAUCAUGUACCUAACUCCUAGCCAGAUAAAAAAAUAUGAGGCAGGACAUGGGCUUCCACCAAUGAAUUUUGAACAACAAGCACUUCUUAAAGCCCAAUACGAGCAGGAACAAACCACACUAUCUGCUUCCACGUUUGCUUAUACACCGCAGAACCCAGCAACAGGAAUACCUCUUAAUGGAGAAGAAGGAAAAGUGGUUCAAAAUACAUUUGACAUUUUAGAAGCUAAUGAAAUGCAGUUGCAUCUUGCACAGCAAACAAACGCUAAUCUCGAAAUGACCAGAGCUGAAGAAAAUCAUGUUUCUCACAUGCAACCAGUAGAGGUAAAUACUGAAAACGAAGAUCAUGUUAAAGUCGAGCUUCUGAAGCAACAACAGCAGCAGCAGCAAAAGCAACAACUACUACAACAGGUACAAAAACAACAACAGCAACAACAACUACAACAACAUCGACACGAGCAGCAACCAGAAGAAAAUAAGUUAAUAGAACAUGCAGCCACAAAACUGAAGGAUCAGAAUGCUUAUAUUCAUGCAUUUUCAAACCAGAUGCCAGAAAGUCUAACAAAAAAUGAGAUACUCCACUCUGAACUUCAUUCUGUAAAUUUGGAUGAAGAAAUAAGACAAGGGAAAGAAAAGAACAUAGAAAUUCAGCAAGAUCCUUUUUUAGAUCUGAAGUUCAAUAUUUUUCCUUAUGAAAAUAUGGAAGAAAAAAAUGUUCAGCAGAAACUACAGGGUUUAAACCAAAUCCAGCAACAAACGUUUUUAUCUACCCAAGAACCAUGGCGCCCCAUUGUUAGCCCUCUAAACGAAAAUGAUCAGCAAUAUGCUUCAUAUACUAGUUCCACAAAGAACAUGGAUCCUGAAAAGAUACUUCAGGAAAGUAAAUUAGAGAGAGAAUCAUCAAGAAUACAUGCCGAAAAUAUUGCUAAAUCACCGCCUGUUGUCAUUCAUAAAGACAUUAGGUUAAUAAGACGGAACCCUCUUCAUGUAAUCAAUAUGCACGUGAAUAUUCCAUUCCCACUUUUCAUACCAGUCCCAAAGAACGGAGAAGUCAGACACUUUAUAGUGCCAAUAGUAAAGUCGGAAACGGUGGAAGUGGAAAAACCCGUGCUUUACGCAGUGGAAAAGCCUGUACGAGGAAUAGUCGGGAAAAAAGUGUACAUCCCUGUCGACAAACUACACACCGUAAAACGUAUCGUUCCUGUUGAAGUUAGGAAAGAGAAUCCUGCAGAACUAGUCUUCAUAAACCGGAGAAGGUUACGAUACGACAUGUCUGGAAACAAUAAUAUAUAUAUUUUUUAAGUUGA